AUGCCGUUUGAGUUCAUUGACAAUAAUGCACGCAUCGAUCGCAAGACCAGAAAGCGCAUUCGCAGCCUUGUGGCCACGGGAAAGAAUGCCGGCAAGACCGUGGUGCGUCCAUCCAGAAUCAAAGCAUUUAAGGAGCAGUCGAAAUAUCCCACCAUAUUCUCCAGUGUGCCGGGAAGCACGGAUCUGAAGCAGCAAGAAUCCUCCUCCCCUAAUGAGACAGCGUCAAUUUGUGAAAUUGAGCGUCCAAUUGGUGAUGAUGUAUUCUUUGUCUUCACUCCGAAUCAACUAAACCCGACAUCUAGAUAUCUUGCCAAGAGAGCUAUAUCUUUCCUGGUGGCACCGCGCCACUCAUCCGAGCUGAAUGGUACCUUUGAAACUACUCUUAAUGCUGGCCCGGCGCUGGCCAAAAUGAUGUUUAUAGAUGAAGCGUUUUUUCAUUGCGCCAUUGCGCUGAGCACAACAGCAAUAGACUGUCUUGCUGAACAACCAAACCCCUCCAGAGACGCAAUUCACCACUUGUGUCACACUUUUCGACUGGUCAAUAAGAAACUGUCCGAGAGUAAACAUGCUUCCAUGUCUACAAUUGCUACGGUUUUGAUGUUAGCUCAAUACGAACGGCAUCAGAGCGAACAAUAUCAAGGGCUUGUACAUCUCAAUGGUUUACAACGGCUCAUAAGCGCCCGAGGCGGUGCGCUACAAUUACAAAAGGAGAUGCCAAUAGUGAUGCAAAAGGCUUUUAGGGUUGACCUUGAUUUUGCACUGUAUAUGGGCACCACAACGACUUUCAACGUUAGUAGUGUUCUUACAAGUCGUAUGAUCAUAUUUGGCACUAAGAUCGACCACCUCGAGAAUCUAACGGCCAAUGUCGUCUCAUUGCCGGGACUGUCAAAUCAACUUGGUAUAGAGCUUCACAAUGCUCUGCUCGAAGCAACAGCCCUUGCGGGGCAGCUCAAUGAUGCAGUUGCAUCAAGCACAUCGAAAGUCAACCUGUACACCUUCAACGCCAAUAUUAUUCUCCUCGGAUACCGGAUAAUUUCUAUAAGCUCUCUUAGUCAGUCACACCAACUCACCAGAAUCGAGAAUGCGAUUCAUCUGGGUCUUUCCAUAUUCGUGACAACAUUCAUGAAUGGACUAGAUAGAAAAAUCCCCCGCAUGCCCUUUAUGUCCGAAUUGCUUCGCGCGCUAAUUAAAUUCGGACUUCAAGACGACCAUUCUAUUUUAUUGUGGCUCCUGUUUCUUGGAAAUGCAACAGUACUUGAUCCGAGUGACCAUGACUGGCUUGCCCCAAUGGUAGCGAUAACGGCUUUGGAAUUAGGUCUACAUAGUUGGGGCGAGAUUCUAAAGAUGCUUGUAGGACUACCAUGGGUAAAUACGCUCUAUAACAGGUCCGGCCAAAGCCUUUGGCUUAAAGUCUCAACAUACUACGCAUCUCCGUUUGCAGAAAGUGCGACAUCAUCACCUGACAUUCCCAUGGAAAUAGUCACCUUUGGAGGCAGUACUGGGCUUAUGCUAUGA